CCCCUUCCAAAACAUUUUCUAUUGUUUUUAUUUUUUCGCAAAAAUGUGGGGCUCAAAUCCCCACCUGUUCUGAAUGACGAGUCGCCACUGCUCUUGCACGUGUCUAGAUCUUUGUUUUGGUCGCGCUGUAUGACUCGUUAUAUACUUCUACAGGUGGCGGCAGAAACUAGUUCCCACGAAGACGCAAGAAAAUGUGCAGCAGCUAAGAUGCCAAGGCGCGGUACAAAACAUGGGUUUUCUAUCAUAAUGUGUUUUCUCUGGUGUUUGUAGAACCACUUGCAACUGGACACGGACAUUUUUCUAAGAACUGUUUUCCAGAAUCGAGAACGAAGAGAGUAUCGCCAAUACCAGAACCACAGAGAAGCACACUAACUUCGCCACCUUCUGUGUGGGUGGGUGAGGGCUGGAGCUGCAGGGUAGUCAUCUGCUCCUCAGACACCACAGAGGGAAUGCCAUCAGAAACGCCGUCCAACUCCAACCAGGACAGUUUGCCCUCUAUUACCUCUAACGCUGGGCAGGAGGACGACUUAAUUCGCUUCUCAGCAGAGGAGGCCUUCCCCUCGCCCCCUGCCUGGGACCAACCUGUGUCCUACUUCAUGGCUGUAACCCUGGAGGACCAGACUGAGAAAGAGGAGGAAGAAGUAGCAGAAGAGGUACUGAAGGAGGAGGAGUCUGUGUCCAGUAGCAACGUGGCCCCCCACCAACACCAUGCCUCGCAUACAACACCAGCCAAGGAUGCUGCUGGCGACACUGCUGAUUUUAGCCAAAAGAUCACAGCCCACUUGACAGAGACAGACGUGGCCAUCGAUCACAGCCACAACGACUACUCGUGUUUUGGGAACGUGUGGCUCAACCAGGACGAGUAUGCCCACGUUAUCGAGAUCUACGAGUUCCCGGCCGUGUUCAAAACAGACGACCUGCUGGAUCCCUUUGCAGACUACAGUGAUGGGGGCAUGAAGAUUAUGUGGAUGGACAACACUCGCGCCCUGGGCGUGUUCUCCAGUCAAUCUUCAGCCCUCCAUGCACUUUCCAUUCGGCACCCUCUCCUGAAGACACGCACUCUGUCUGACAGUAGCAAGAAGGCCAAAGGGAAAGCCAUGAGAUGCGCAGAGUUUAUCCAGCCGGUAAAGGAGAGGCCAUGGACAGACUCUGCGGUGGCCCCGAGCACGGUGACCACAACCCUGGGGCUGCGGAGAGGUGGAGCGCUCUCACAACAUUUCUGACCGCUACAGCAGGAAUGCCAGGCUACAAUUGGACGACACACCUGAUGUCCUUGCUAAUAAAUAACAGUGUAACCAGUGGCUUGUUCCUGUUUUCAAGUUCCUAUUGUUAAUUCCACUGUAGCACUCAAGUGCCUGAUUCACACUAUAGGGCCAACCUAAACCAUACUAUGCUGGCUUGGAUAUUUUCUUUUCACGUGGUCUUUUCUAGCAUGGUUCCAACAAUGGGGGAGGGGGGGGGGUUUGGCGACAGUUAUGUGUUUUACUUUGUAAUUUGUUCUAUGCCAACCACUUACAUGUCAGUUUAACACCCUGAAUGCGUCCAUACAUAGAUGGAUAAGGUAAUACUCAGAGUUGGUGAUGCAUCGCAAACAGAGGCACCAGUUGUAUAAUACCUAUCAGUGGAGGCUGCUGAGGGGAGGACGGCUCAUAAUAAUGGCUGGAACGGAGCAAAUAGAAUGGCA